UCUUCGGAAUACGAGUAGGAAAUAAAGCAAUAAUAACUCGAGGCAGUCGGCGUCCCGGAAUAUGCGGCUUGCUGCAUAUCGAUCAGGUAUCGCUUUAAAGAUGAAAUCUGCAGCGUGCAGAAACAGACAUUUUGUCCUUGCUUGUUUGUGUGUAAUCAUGGCUCGGGUUUCUUAUUGUAAGCUCACAAGCUCAAGCAUCCCAGCCAUUGCUGUGUACUUUGGAACCAAAGGUCGCUAUGAGGAAGUGAACCCACAUUUAAUAGACGAUAUUUUAUUCGUGAAUAAAUCUGCGGUCAGUCCCCCAGCCGCCGACUGCCGGUCAGUGCACUUAGUUGCGUUGAUCAGACACGGCACGCGCUUCCCUACAACCAAAAACAUUAAAAAGAUCCACCGCCUGUAUGAUUUAGUGAUGACUGAGGCGUCCGCCCCUGACCAGUGGCUCAGGGACAUUAAAAAGAAAUGGCCCAUGUGGUACACUGAGGACAUGGACGGCAAACUAGUAGAGAAGGGGAAAGAUGACCUGAGGCAUUUGGCCGUGAGGUUGAGCAAGUCGUUUCCGUCCCUGAUUUCAGAGGAAAACCUCCGCAGAGAGCGCAUGGAGUUUAUAACCAGCUCCAAACACAGGUGUGUGGACAGCAUCCAGGCUUUCCAAGAGGGACUCCUCAAACAGUGGGGUGCAGGAGAUGUGGGUUUCAGACACUACGUGAAUGACUCCCUCAUGCGAUUCUUCGACAAGUGCAAAAGAUUCGUUGAAGGCAUUGAGAACAACAAGACCGCCUUGAAGGAGGUCAAACUCUUCAAGGCAUCUCUGGAGAUGGAUGAAGUCUGCAGGCGGAUGGCCAGUCGCUUACAGAUUCCUCACAGUCAGAUAACACCAGAUUUGGUUGAAGCCGCUUUCUUCCUGUGCGCCUAUGAGUUUGCGAUCAAGUCUAGGAAUUCUCCAUGGUGUAAUCUGCUGGACGAAUCGGACGCCCAGGUCCUCGAAUACAAAAGUGAUCUGAAGCAGUAUUGGAAAAGGGGAUAUGGCCAUGAUAUCAACCGCAAAUCGAGCUGUGUCCUCUUUCAUGACCUCUUCAAGCGACUCGACCAGGCGUCCUAUGACUUCAGGUUCGGAGAGGUCACUAAGGCGGUUACCAUCCAGGUGGGCCAUGGUGAGACUCUACUGCCUCUGUUGUCUCUGAUGGGUUUCUUCAGAGACCAAACACCACUAACAGCCACUAACUUCCCAAUGCAGCACAGCCGCAAGUUCCGCAGCGGUCAAAUAGUGCCUUACAGCGCAAACCUGCUCUUUGUCCUGUAUGAGUGCACAGAUGGACUCAGGCUCCAGUUCUUCCUCAAUGAGAAACUGAUGACUUUUCCAAACAUAAGUGACCCUGCUCCACUGUAUGCUACAGUCAGGAGCCACUACUCUGACCUCCUGGGAGGCUGUGAUUUUGAGAAAGAAUGUGAAUUGCCUAAAGAUAAAGUCAAGAACACUGAGCUGUGAUGUAGAUAAGAUAGACUGGGCUGAGGGUAAGGGUGAGAGUCAUUUUUAUUGGUUGAAAUACGGGUGAGAAGGUUAACCAAAUAUGUUUGAUUUUACUGGUGACCAAAAAUGCAGUUUAUUUAUGGUUUAAGACUUUUUUUUGUUUCUUUAGUUGGAAAUUUUAUUGAAAGAAGCCAAAACUGAUUAAGUGACUGUGUGACUGCUAGGUACCAAAAACAUUUUUACUGAAAAUGAAGCCUUUUUCAAAUAAAAAUGCGUAUUUUUUAUUUAAAGUGUGCACAUUCAAAGGAAGCUUGUUUGCUGUCUCUGUUUGAUUUACACGGACAUAACCUGUUGUGUUAAUGUGUACACUGAUGAUAGCCGUGUCAACAUUCUCUUAACAAUCAGGGUUAGACAUCUUACUAACAACAAAUAUCCAACAAAUGAGUUUGUUUUGCAAAUGUAAGCAUUUAUCAAAGAAUUUGGUUUGCUAAAUACAUUUUGUAUAUAUGCAGUGUAGAUAGUUUACAUUUCUUGAAAUGCUUUUUCGAGAGUGUAUCAUGAUUAUACCUAUAGUUCACAGAAAAAACACGGAAUCAGUGAAUUGUACAUGCAAUUAUUUGGAUUCUUAAUCAUGACAAGAAUAUAAAAAGGUUAAUCGAAUGUACUAAAACCAGACUUUUCAUACAUGGUACAGUGGCGCAGUAGGUAGAGUCACAGAUUAAAGCUUAGGCUUGGGUUAUUGUCAUGCAAGUGAUUUGACUAAAAUAAACUGGGAGUG